UGUUUACGUCCAGCUGUCAAAGGUUGUUUUCACUUGCUCAAACGCCAAACACGGAAAGCGUUGUUUCGCGCUCGUUUUAAUUUUGGUGUUAACAAUUUAAAGAAAUAAAAGAUAAUCCCCGUACUUAAAUCAUGGACAACGACCGAUUAACACAGCUGCCAAUGUCCAGGAUUCGAACGGUCAUGAAGACCUCCCCGGAUAUGGGAAACAUAAAUCCCGAAGCAUUGUUUCUAAUGUGCCGUGCAGCCGAAAUGUUCAUCGAACACAUGGCAAAGGGAGCGCACCGUGCAGGGAAGAAAUCGCUCGAGUACAAAGAUCUAGCGCAGUACGUGGAAAACGACGACAAGCUGGAGUUUCUGUUACAGAUCCUGCCAAAGAAAAUUACCGUAAAAGAGUACAAAGCGAUGAUGGAGAAGAAGCCGGAAACGGAUGACGAUACGGACAGUGAGGAAGAAGCUGAAGAAGAAUCCGAAGAGGAUGAGGUGGAGCAGGAAGACGACGACGUGAUAGAGGUAGUGGAGGAUGAAAAGAACAAGCCACAGCAGGAACAGGACAGUGAGGACUCUGCGUCGGAUAGUGGGGAGAGUAACAGUGUGAUAUCGAUCGACUCCAGUUCCGAUGAGAAGGAAAAUUCAAAAAACGUUAGUAAUAAGAAAUCACCCAUAAAGCAUAAAACUGGGGAUUCGCCCUAAGGAUUCUUCUUCCAAACGUAGACACGACAAGGUAGCUAGUUCGUAGCGUAUGAAGAAUAGUUCUAUUCGUAAUCAGUACAAGCACCGCAUACAAGAUGCAAUUUACACCGGGUAUUUGUACUGGAAGCAAGGCAAGGAAAAGGAAGUUAUUAUACCACAAAGCGAACCA